UCGUCGUCGUCGUCGUCGUCGUUGGUUGUUGGUUGUCGAGAACUGAAACGGCAGGUGCCUGUGUCUUGCUCGUCCUUCCCGAACUUUGAACCCACACAGCGCGGCAGCAGCCACCACCCUCUGUACCUCUGUGGGACUAAAGGAACCUUGAACGCAGCGCAUUACGACCAGACGCCGAGGGCAGGACCAGGGCAGGACAGCCGCAUCACUCUGCUACAUUGCCCCCUUUUGUUGUUCAACCUGCUAGUGUCAAAGGCGAGUUACAAAAGGCCUCACGGGAAUCACAAAAGACUCAUCCCCCCCAGCAACACACACUUUGAACCACCACCACCCACCGCUACCAUGCUCUUCACCAAGGUCGUCGCUGCUGCCGCCGCCCUCGCGCCCCUCGCCGUCGCCGAGAACGGAUACUGGGCCAACACGAUCCAUGCCGUCUCCGUCCUCGCCGGCCCCGGCGGCGUCGCCGGCGUGAUCCACUUCUCGCAGGACAAGGGCAGCUGCGAGGUGUCGGUCACUGGCACUAUCUCGGGCCUCUCGCCCAACGCUGAGCACGGCUUCCACGUCCACCAGUUCGGUGACAUCAGCGGCGGCUGCAACUCGACCGGCGGCCACUUCAACCCCUUCAACAAGACUCACGGUGCGCCCGACGCCAAGGUCCGCCACGUCGGUGACCUCGGCAACAUCAAGACGGACGCCAACGGCACCGCGACCGUCGACAUUAAGGACUCCAAGAUCCAGCUCCUCGGUGCGCGCACCAUCUUCGGUCGUGGCGUUGUUGUCCACGCCGGCCGCGACGAUCUCGGUCUCGGCAACGAGACCGACUCCAAGACGACUGGCCACGCCGGCGCCCGUGCCGCGUGCGGUGUCAUCGCUGUCGCCAACUAG